GACCCCUUCAUCACGAUGGUUUCGCCUUCCUGGUCCACGCUUCUCAGUUCCCCGGUCUGUUCGUGCCUGAAGCCGUCGCUGGUCUCCACGCUGAAAGUGAAAGGUCAAUGGCGUGAUUCGGGGCAAAGAAAGUGUGCUAAGUUCGGGAAAAACUGGAAAUUUGAUUUGAUUGGUACUACCAGUGGUACUCAGCAUAUUAACAGCCGCUACGCCAGAGCGUUUUACCAAGGUUUAGACACCAGAUGUACUCUACCACCACACCCAGCUUUCGGUAAAUGGACCAUUUUCGACGACUCUUCUGACUUAUCACCCGGACAACUAGUAUCAUCUAGAACCGUCCUAGAAAUAAACUGUGACGAAAACUACAAUCUCGACGGUGAAGACACCUCAGUUUGUCUUCGUGGAAAAUGGAAGCCCUCAAUUGGACGCUGCUUACGAACAUGUCCUCCAAUCAACAGCACCUUAGCAAUGACAGUAACUUGUACCUACAACGACAAAGAACUAACACCUUGUACUGGCGCUCUUGAAGGUACGAUUGCCCGAUUUCGAUGCGCCGAUUUUUACGAAGACCAAGGUUUGGAGUCUCAACCAUUACGAAUCUGUGCUAAGGGAGCAUGGGGAAGCAAUCUGCCGAAAUGUGUUCCACGUUGUGGUAAACCAGCGUCUGCUAGACUUGCUACCUUGAUCAUUGGGGGUACUGUCGUCGAAAGGGGACAGUAUCCGUGGCAGGUAGCAAUCUACAUGAAAAGAAAUAAAGAGUUAAUUUGUGGAGGUACUUUGCUUAACCAAAGGGUUAUUUCAACUGCGGCGCAUUGUAUAACGGGUACUACUGGUAAACUUCAACCAAAAGAAGAUUUCAUUGUGGCUGUUGGCAAGUACUAUCGACAAUUUGAUCAUCAUGAAGAGACGGCACAAUUUUCUUCGAUAUACAAAAUGUAUGUUCCUCGAAAAUACAAAGGCUACUUGCAGAAUUAUUUGGGCGAUAUUGGCAUCAUAGUCACAACCAAAACUUUCGAACUUUCAGUAGUCGUUCAACCUGUAUGUGUUCAAUGGGAUGCCAAACAUCACGAGUUUCUAACAAAUCCAACCAAAAUAAAAAAGUCCUAUGUCAGCGGCUGGGGUUAUACCAGCGAGAAUAAAAAUUCUUCAAAAGUACUUCAAUAUCUAGAAGUACCUGUCGUCACUGACGAAGUUUGUCACACUAACAUACCUGAAGACGAAGAAGAAUACAUAACUGAUGAUAAAUUCUGCGCUGGUUUCACAAACUCCAGUCGUUCUGCCUGCAAAGGUGACAGUGGUGGAGGUUUAGUUUGUAAGUACAACCAACGCUUUUAUAUCAUCGGAAUCGUAAGCGUGUCACCAGCGGGUGAAAGCGGUGGCUGUAACAGUCAACAUUACACUCUUUAUACUAACUUUUCGUACCACAUUGAAGACUUUAUACUGGAAAAGGAGGCCCGAUUUAGACCUUCUGAGAGUAAUGUCGAUAUCGAUAAUAGGAAGAUUCCGGACAACCCACCAUUACCACCAACGACAACACAAGUACCUCUAAACCCACAUAGCAGGAAGUGCAUUUUGCCGAACCAUCCAGACUUUGGCAAAUGGACAGUUUCUGGUUCUACUAGGGUACUCCAGCCGGGAAUGUCAGUCGAUGCUGGAACUGACUUAAAGUUGGAAUGCAACGAGGGUUUUAAAACAGUUGGUCAAAUGGUAGUACACUGUGUAACUAACAGAUGGUCGUCUGGUCUCGGUCGAUGCUUGAAGGUUUGUCCGCCUAGAUUUAGUACUCCAACCCUUCAAGUGACAUGUACUCACAACAAAAAAGUACUCGACAAUUGUACGGAACCAUCUGAAGGUACCAUCGCCAAGUUCGAGUGUGCACCAUUCCACGAAGACCAGCGACUCAAAUCAAGACCUAUCCAUAUUUGCCAGAACGGUGAAUGGGACCAAGAAAUGCCACAAUGUCAACCAGUGUGCGGUGAGCGGUCGAUUAAAAGCAGGUCCAUAGCAGUCAAUGGAACCCAAAAACGCAGCACAAAUUACCCCUGGCACGCAUCCAUCUACAACUACGGCUUUUACGGCCCUAGACACGCCUUAGUCUGCAGCGGCACGCUCCUAAGCCAGAAAGUCGUCCUAACAGCCGCCCUUUGUGUGACCAAGAUGACCGGAGAACUACACACUAAAAAAAAUUUCACUGUAGCUGUCGGAAAAAUGCACAGGAAGUUCAACGAAAGUGGAGACAUUCAUGCACAGUUUUCUGGAGUGAGCGCUAUGUUUGUAUACGAGCGGUACGAGGGAAAUUUGAACCAGUCGCAAAGUCUUUUUGGGAAUAUUGCUGUUUUGAUUAUGCAGAAAAGUUUCGAUCUUUCGGCAAACGUGUUACCUGUGUGUGUGGACGCUGGGCAGAAAUACAAGUACUCUUCUAACCAGUAUGCUUACCUGAGCAGCUGGGGUAUGCUGAAUCGCAAUAGUUCGGUUGUUAUGAAGGAAAAGAAGGUUUCUUUGAUGGAUUUGUCGACGUGCAGGGAUACAAUAUUGGCGAGUUUUGCACAGUAUGUAACUACAGACAAACUGUGUGGUGGUACUGUGGAGACGGGAACUCAAUGUAAUAUAGAUUAUGGAAGCGGUUUAGUACAGAAACGUGACGGCAGGUACUACAUUUUGGGUAUCGCCACACUGUCCCCCAUGAAAAUUGACGAUAAAGAUUAUGAAUGCAAUGACGACAAGAUCACUAUUUACACAGACGUAUCGAAGUACAUCACCAAUUUUAUCUCAAUUUUUAUUUUAUUUUAAAAAUCUAGCUACACUUAAGUAUUUAAAAUGGAGUUUUAAUUAGGUACAUAGAAACUCCACAUUGUUGGAAUUCAUCAAAGAAUGACACUGUUACUUCCUUGGAACAUUAUCGAUAUUUUUUGAAAGUAAAUGAGAAGUACCCAAGACCUAACAGACUUGUAAUGUCUUUAGAUGACCCAGUGAAUAAAUAUGUCUACAUAUUAUUUCUAUUUGACUUCCUAAAUAAUUAUAUAACUUUAAGAAACCAGACUAAACGUGCAACACGUCCUGAACACUUUGUUUUUAAUUUCUAUAACUUAACAUCAAGUGAAUUUGAAGUUUAGAUUUUUCUGCUACAUUUAACUACUCUUUGUUUAAUUGUUAUUUCCUGAACGUAUGCUAAGGAAGUAUUGUAAUCGCUAACCCAAAUUUCGGAUAAACAUUCCCACCAACAAUAGGAUGACGUCAUGUCCAAAGUUUACAUUGUCAAAUAUUAUUUCAAUUUUAUAAAAUAAAAUAACCUACAAUAUGUCGUUUA